AUGACAUCUUGGGCCCCCGCCCGGCCGGCUCUGAGGGCCCUGGCCUCACCAUCGCCGGUGACUCCCACUCGACUCUUCAGCACGACCCUCCCUCAGCAGACCAAGACGAUCAAGUCGCAUCUUCUACCUAGUCGUAUCAUUCCCCCUUACCCUUAUGGCGAGCGUCAACUCUACAAACAAUCCAACAAGGGUCUUUAUGGGUCUGCGAGAAUUCGAUUCGGUAACACUGUUGCGGAGAAGUACAACAACAAGGCCCGUCGUUACUGGCGCCCGAACGUCCACGUCAAAGUUUUCAAGCUCCCCGCCCUAGAUGCCAACGUCAAGACCCGCCUUACACUCCGUGUUCUCAAGACCAUCCGCCGUGAGGGUGGCCUCCAGGAGUAUCUCCUCAAGAGCAAGCCUGCCAGAAUAAAGGAACUCGGCCCUGGUGGCUGGAACUUGAGGUGGCUCCUUAUGCAGUCCAAGGAUAUUCAGAAGAGAUUCAACGCCGAGCGUGUAGCUCUGGGUAUGGAGCCCAAGGAGAUCGAGGAUAGGGACGAUAUCAUUCAGUAUGCGCUUGAUGUCGCUACACCCGGACCCUUAUCCAAACGCAGCCAGGUGACCCGAGGGGAGCUUAGGGCUCAGGAAUUUGUGUUGGGCGAAGACGACUUGGCGGAUCUGGAAGGCGUCGAGGAGCUAUCAGACGAGGAAGAGGCUUUGUUGAUGCAGCAACUGGAUAACGCAGAGGCGGAAGCCGCAACAACAGAGGGAGCGCAAAAGAUAACAGUGUAA